UUGCUUCCUGUCAGUGAAGCAGGAACGAGAAGUGGAAGCAAGUUCAAGUUUCCCAGCAGCCAGGCAGAGACACGAUUUCCCUGCGAAUGCUCACCUUUUAUUCACCCACUCUUUGUCACUGCUCCAGCAGCCACAGUAAGAGCAGGUGUAACGAGGAUCUUUCCCAAGGACACCAGAUUCCACCCCGGCCAUAAAAGUCCAUCGAAAUCCGACAGGACAGAACUCCAGAAGGCCUCAAAGAGCUCCUGAAAUGGAAAGGUUGGCAGAUGUGCAGACUGCAGAGGAGGCAGGGUGAGCACGAUCAAGUACGAGCAUUAUGACCGAGACGAGACACGAGACAGAUCUCAUGGUUGCUAGCAAGGAUUGAAACCUUCAGAACGUGAGUAUGAGGCAGGAAAAGUGUCCGCCUUCUGGAAGAAGCGAAUUGGGCUGGAACGGAUCAGACUUAAAACGGGUCCCGCCGAAAAGGAUAGAGGAGUACGAGACUAACCGCACUAUGUUCACCAAACGUUUGCGGACCUCUAAGCAGUGUGGCUGUUUGGUAAUAAACUGCGCUCGUCGAGGUUGCAUUGCCGAUUCGGCGUUGGAGGAGGACUGAGUACUGGCAUCCAGUCCGCGCUUAGCAUCUGCCAGAAUCUACAGCACAGGGGACACGCAGACGACCACCUGUAGAUCUACAGAUCCGCCAACCUGCUUAGCCAGAAUCGAGAUUCUAUUAUAUAAUAUGCAUCCAGCCCACUUCUGCUUUCCACCCUGUCCUCUUCUCUUUACUUCCAUUUCUCAUAUUCCAUUUUCUUAUCCUCUGCAAUUCCGUAGACGAUUCAAACACUUGCCUGUUCGCUUUAACCCUUGUUCAGAAAAAUAAGAAUGUGCAUCUGCACUGUGUCCAUUAACCACCAUAACUCGGAAGAUCAAACAAUCGGCACUUCGGCCCUAAUUGCAGAGGAUAGAAGAAAUUAACAUCUCAUGAUUCAUACGUAAAACAUAUAGCCAUCCAUCUUGCUCCAGAUGCCCUGCCCUGCUCCUCCUCCUCCGCUUCUGUCCCCACUGUAGAGACAAGUUCCAAAUCCCUCUUCUUGCUUCGCUUGCCUCCCUUGCAUCCUCCAAACAAACUGAUAGUCUGCCAGUUCCUCUCUCUCUCGAGCAAGACGCUGACGUGAAUUCAACUCGAUCAGAUCGUUGAGCUUGCGCUCCAGAUUGUGCGGUCAGUUGAUGGCUGAUGGCAUGAGGGACUGACUAGUGCAUUGUGGGCUACAACCGAAAGGACAAGGGCACUGACAAGGAGGCGUCCAGGACAUACUGUCCUGGUGGCCAAUGUCCUGUCGUGUCCUGUCCUGCUGUGGGCAGCGAGCGGGAGCAGAGGAGGGUCCCAGUGCAUCUGCGGCCUGGUGCUACAUGUAACCCGCCACCAACUGACGAACCGAGCCUCGAGGGCGGAGGGGAGCAGGCUAUUGUCUCGGCAGAAGAGGGCCAGAUAUGGCGAUGCCAGGGCUGGAGAUGGUGCUGGUGCUGGUAUGUCAAGCAUCUCCUCCAUUCUGACUGACUGGGCCUGGAAUCGAUUGGCUUCGCACUCGAGAGCGCAUUCAGUGCGGGUAAGCGCCGUUUACCACGGCCAGCCUCGAGAAGAAGACGCUGUAAAAUGUCGCAAUGCCACUGGCAACCUUUCCCCUUCUUCACCAUGGACCGAGUCCCCGCUCCAUUCCCUCCCUCCCUCGAGUCGAGUCGGAGACCCGACCCCGUGCCCGUCCCCAUUCCCAUCCCCGUGCUUACCCGGUCUCUGGCCUUGACUGCGCCUCUGGUGUGGCUACGCUGCCACUAAGUCUAUCUCAUUUUCCUCGUGUCGAUAGCCAAUUGUCCCACGCGUUGAUUCCUUCCACAGGCUGACUGAUCGUUUGAGCAGAUUUUCCUUCUUUUUCUUCUUAUACUUCCUGGAUCGUCCUCGAUUUUGCUGCUGGGUGUGAGCAGAUUGUCAAGGAGGCGAGGCGAGGCGAGGCUAAGCAGCCAGACGCUUGUGGUGUUGAUGUCGAAAUUGAUUUGAGUGGGAGAGGGAGGGAACGAACAAACGAAAAGAAAAGAAAAGGAGACGUUGCUUUGACGAGAUUGUCGCCGGAGUUUCCUGAGAGCGUGUUUUUUGAAUUGCGGAUUGAUUGGAUCUGAAUGUGGAUGCAGUAAAUAAAAACUAUGUGGAGCCUUCGUUGCUGGAAAUCAAUUGAUGCUCUACGGUUUACGGGUUUUUCUGCUACAAACUCAACAGCAAGGUGCUGCGCAGAUGACUGAAUCUGUUUAGUCUGUCUAUUUUUUGGCGAAACUCCAACGCCCGCAUUUCGAUUGUGGACCAAAUGGCUACUUUAGACGAAAUCCCGGAGGGUGACUACUUAGAAGCUCAGCUUCUCGCGGAUCCUGUUUCUCAAGCCGAUGACGAGGAUGCAGGGGAUCUAGGUAGAGUUUUAUACAGGGCUUCAUUCGCAGAAAUGGAGAACAGCUAUGUCAACUAUGACACCGUGCAGUGGAUUCUUAUAUCACUAUUAUUAAUUUUGGUAUACGGAGUAGGCCUGCUCAUGCUUCUCUACGUGCCAAUAAGAAGAUAUGUUGUGAGACAGGACAUUCGGACGCGAAAGCUCUAUGUGACAACGAAUGCCAUUGUCUAUAAGGUUACGAGACCGGUGUUUUUGCCCUGUUUCGGUGUGUCAAGACGAGAGAAGCAUGUGCUGUUACAUCUCGUAACAGAUGUCGUAAUUGAGCAAGGUUGCUUGCAGUCUCAUUAUGGAGUAUCGUCCAUACGAAUUGAAGGUUUACCAGGUCAGAAUCGACCAACUCCGGGUGAUGAUGUACGGAUACAAGGAAUGGCCAAUGCAAGACUGUUCAAAAAGGUCGUGCUUAUGGCGACUUCCAACAUUCGAAAGCACCUAGGAGGGGAGGAUGGAGUGAAGGGUGGUGGAAGUGAUGAAUCGCAUAUGUAUGAUACUCCACCUCCACCACCUUCUCAAAGCGGAGGGCCAAACUCUCAAGCUUGGGCCUGGAGACAAGGGAUAGCGGGAUUAAAUUCUUGGCAGAUGGCUUAUUCACCCUUGGCUGGCCAACCGAAUGACAACCUGAUCCAUGACAGAGCAGUUCUGCGAAGACUGGAAGGGAUUGAGGCUUCUGUGAAAAGAUUGGAACUUCUUGUAGGAGCAGCCCAACAUCAUGCUACUGAAGACAUUUCUAAAAAUAAGGUGGACAUGGGAGAAAUCGUUUGAGACUGGCUUGUCAUGCUUGAGAUUUCUGGGCUUCCGAACUCUGUAUCAUUUGUAUAUCAUUUUUCGGAUGCGGUGUUCAAUGAUCCCGACCGGGGGAUGUUAGGGCAUCAGUGUCGACUUCAUUCAAAGAUCGGAUAUCAUACGACCCAAAAAAUUAAACCCUCAUAGAAAAGGGUGGAGCAUUGCUCGUACAGCUCCUUAAUACGGCAAUGCCAUAUGUACAGUGAACGGGAUCAGCCUACAAUUAUAAAUCCUGACAUUACGGGUUGUAUCUAAAUAGGAAGUUGUCCACCGUUAGGCGAUAUGGAGAAAUUUAGACUCGGUGGCUUUAAGAAGUGUUUCUGGUCCUAUCAAAAUCGGUCUGGAUUUUCACACUUUUGGGAUUUGACGAACCAGAAGGAACCUGUUUUUUUAUCAACUCAUGUAUAUCUUUUACUUAUGCGGGGGCCGGGGGGCGGGGGAACGUCUGACAAGUCCUCAAGACUGGACCUCCUUGAGCUGUAUCCACCCAACAACAGACCAAAGGAAUAUCACUUUCGAGCAUCUUUACCCUUCUUGAACACUUAAAAUCGCCACUGGAAGUGUCCCUCGAGCAGCUGCCGCCAAUGAGAUGGGUUCGCCCGGCCUUUAUUCGAGCUUUCUCGAGUAUCAUUUGUGGGGCUUCCUGCAGUCAUGCCACCGUUGUGAGUCGGAGUCCGAGGCGAAGGUAGAUGGCCUGCACUCACGCAGAAGGCUUUCCAACGAUCGGUACAGAAGCUGAGCUGGCGCCCGAGCCCCGAGGG